AUGCUAUGCCAGGCACUUUGCAGAUUUGGUAAAAAGUUAGUACGUAGACAUACACUGGAGCAAUCCGUGGCUAAGAUUUCAUUUCCUCUGGGAAGCCUGAGCACUCUGGAUGUAGUGGUCCUGGGUGUGGGCAUCACAGUGGGUGCAGGUGUGUAUGUCCUGGCUGGCGAGGUGGCCAGUGAUAAAGCAGGACCGUCCAUUGUGAUUUGCUUUUUGGUAGCCGCCCUGUCUUCUGUGUUGGCUGCUCUAUGCUAUGCAGAGUUUAGUGCCCGCGUCCCCCAGUCUGCUUCUGCGUAUCUCUACAACUAUGUCACUGUAGGUGAACUCUGGGCUUUCAUCACUGGCUGGAACCUCAUCCUCUCCUAUGUUACUGGUACGGCCAGUAUGGCCUGAGCCUGGAGCUUAGCUUUUGACAACCUGAUUGGGAACCAGAUCUCUCGGACCUUGCAUGAGAACAUCUCACUCUAUGUUCCCUAUGUCCUUACAGAAUAUCCAGACUUCUUUUCUGUGGGCCUGGUGGUGUUGCUCACUGGAUUGCUGGCUCUGAGGGCCAGUGAGUUUGUCCCACUUACUACAGUGUUCACAGUGGUGAACCUUUUGGUUCUUGGUUUUGUCAUCAUCUCUGGCUUCACUAAGGGGAAGCUGCACAGCUGGAAGCUCACAGAAGAGGACUGCAUAAUGACCAUGUUUAGACUCAAUGACACUUCUAGCUUGGGCCCUCUGGGCUCUGGAGGAUUUGUGCCUUUUGGCUUCAAGGGAAUUCUCCGUGGAACAGCUGCCUGUUUCUAUGCAUUUACUGGUUUUGACAGCAUUAUCGUCGCUGCUGAAGAAGCCCAGAAUCUAAAGUGUUCCGUCCCCAUGGGCAUUGUGAUUUCCGUGCUCAUCUGCUUUUUGGUGUACUUUGGUGUCACCGCGGCACUUACGCUCAUGGUGCCUUACUACCAGCUUCCGCCUGGGAGCCCCUUGGCUGAGGCAUUUCUCCAUAUUGGCUGGGCCCCUGCCCGCUAUGUUGUGGCUAUUGGAGCCCUCUGUGCUCUUUCUACCGGCAUCUUGGACUCUAUGUUCCUCCUUCGUGGGAUGAUCUAUGUGAUGGCAGAUGACGGCCUCCUGUUCGGUGUCCUUGCCAGGACGUGCACCAGAACAGGCAUCCCCAUCGUGGCCACUGUGGCCUCGGGCAUUAUUGCAGCUUUCGUGACACUCCUCUUUGGACUCACUGAUCUUGUGGACCUCAUGUCGAUUGGGACCCUGCUUACUUACUCCCUGGUGGCUAUUUGUGUUCUCAUCGUCAGGUAUCAGCCUGAAAUGAAGGAUGAAGACAGUGCAACAGGGGCGCACCAGGAGAGUGGACCUGUGGUGGAGAAGCUGACCCUGUGGGGACUCUUUUGUCCAGGCAGCCCCACCCCCACUGCACUCUCUGGCCGGGUUGUCUCUGUUUGCGCCUCCCUGCUUGCUCUGCUGCUGACUCUUCUCUGCCUGGUGCUGGCUCAGUGGCCAGGUCUGCUGCUCUCUGGAGACCCAGUGUUGGUUACAGCGGUUGUGCUGCUCCUGGUGCUCGUCACUGGGAUCACUGGGGUCAUCGGUAGACAGCCCCAGAGCUCCACUCCCCUUUACUUUAAGGUCCCUGCUCUGCCUCUCCUCCCACUCCUGAGCAUCUUUGUGAAUGUUUACCUUAUGAUGCAGAUGGCAGCUGGUACCUGGGCCCGAUUUGGUGUCUGGAUGCUGAUUGGGCUGGCUAUCUACUUUGGCUAUGGGAUCCAGCAUGCGUGGAGGAUUAAACCCGCUUUAGUCAGGGCACAAACUGAGGACGUUGAACUGAGUAGUGCCAGUUCAUGUUCGAUUUGA